AGAAAGGAAGUGGACGGACAAGUAGGAAGGGGAGCCGGGGGGAUCCGUCGUUUGUACGCCGCUUAUACGCUGGGUUUUUCCUCCUCUCCCGGUGACGCAGUCCGAUCGGCGUUACUGGGACAUGGAAGAUGGCGAGUGUGGAGACAGCGGCAGAGCAUGAGCGGAUCCUGCGGGAGAUCGAGAGUACGGACACCAACUGCAUCGGUCCCACUCUUCGAUCAGUGUAUGAUGGACAGGAACAUGGCCUUUUUAUGGACAAGCUGGAGGGUCGGAUUCGCAACCAUGACCGCGAGAUCGAGAAGAUGUGCAACCACCACUUCCAGGGCUUCGUGGACUCCAUCACGGAGUUGCUCAAAGUCCGAGGCGAGGCCCAGAAGCUCAAGAGUCAGGUGACUGACACCAACAGGAGGCUCCAGGAUGAUGGGAAGGAGCUCUUGACUGCGAUGGACGAGUUGAGGCAGUGUCGCGUGCAGCAGAGGAACAUCGCCACCACCAUUGACAAACUGGCCCACUGUCUGCCCAUGCUGGAGAUGUACAGCAAACUACAGGAGCAGAUGAGGGCCAAAAGGUACUACCCGGCAUUACGUACUCUGGAGCAGCUCGAGCUCGUCUGCCUUCCACAGGCUGGCCAGUAUCGGUUCUGUGGCAUCAUGGCGGAGAACAUAUCGCUGCUACGUACCCAGAUACGCGAUGUCUCCAUGUCCGACCUUAAGGACUUCCUGGAGAGCAUCCGCAAGCACUCGGAGAAGAUCGGCGAGACGGCCAUGAAACAGGCACAGGUGCAGCGCAGUCUUGACGGCUCCCUCUCCCACCAGCAGAGUGCAGGCAGCGGCCGCCGUGUGAGGAAGGAGGUGGGACAGAGCACGGAGCUGAACGGCCAGGGGGGCAGCCCUCAAUCUGAACAGGACUCUGGAAUCCUGGAUGUGGAGGAUGAGGAGGAAGAUGAGGUAACCAGAGGCUUACUGACCGACUUACUUCAUGCCUUCAUAUCUUUAUGAGGACUCUCCACUGAU